CGGCACCGAGCGUCGUCAGUCACGAGGCGAAACCUACGGCAGGGCCACUCUCGACAGGCACCGUUAAGAAAGCAGGGUUCAUUCGCGACUUUUGACCAGCAUCUGGUCACAUAUUGCAGCAGACAACAUGUUGACCGGCGGCGCAGCUCUCAUCAAAUACCUAAUCUUCAUCUUCAACCUCGUCUUUGUGAUCACGGGAAUAGUGAUUUUGACGAUUGGUGCCGUAAUUUUGGGCCAGUAUGGAACAUACGAAGCUCUUUUGGAUGGAAACUACUUUUCCACACCCGGACUGCUGAUCGCGAUCGGCGUCAUCAUUUUCAUCGUCGCCUUCUUCGGCUGCUGCGGCUCCAUCAGGGAAAACUACUGCAUGGUCCUCACUUUUGCCACUUUGAUGAUCGCAAUCUUCAUCCUGGAGUUGGCCGGUGGAAUUGCAGGAUACAUGUUGAGCAGCAAUGCUGAGAAGGUGCUCCGCGAAAGUAUGGUCCGCAUGCUGCCCGAAUACAAUGUUGCAACUGGACCAUGGAACAAGCAUGACUGGGACACUCUUCAGUCCAGCUUCCAAUGCUGCGGUGUUGAUGGUCCUGACGAUUGGGCAAAGCAUGGAGUGUUCAACGGAACAAAACUCUAUCCCGAUUCAUGCUGCCAAUUCUACCCAAGUGAAUUGACCAAAUGCAAUUUUGAAGGUCCUUCCAGCAAUGCUACUGGCAUAUACACGAAAGGUUGCCUGGUCAAUUUGGAGCAAUUUGUGUCCGAUAACGCAAUUACCAUCGGAGGAACUGGAAUUGGCAUUGCAGUGGUCCAGCUUUUCGGAGUGGUUUUGUCCUGCGCCUUGGCCAAGAACAUCAAACAAGGCUACGAAACUGUCUAAGAAGAACUGAUGACACAUGAAAGAAACGAAUUUACAAUUGAAAAUCAACAGCCGAUUUCAGCUUGUCCUCUAUAUAUCUCAGCCAGCAUCUCUUUCUACUAUACUUUUUUCCAAGUAAAUAAUUAUAUUUUUGGUAUUUGAAAUGCUUUUGUCUAUUUGUGAUGAAAAAUAAAAUAAUUCAGAUUUAUAUUUAUUUUACCACUUUUCCAUCACUGUGAGUAAACUUUAAAGUACAUUUUACGUUCUAAGUUCACUGUUCUCCUGUAUUUGAUUGGAUUGCCAAGAAAACGUUGGUACUAAAUGUGGGCACCAAAAUUUUGAACACUAUUUUGCCAUUAUUGUAUAAUUUGAUAUAUUUCCAAUAGAAAUUCAUGAGAGUGAAUAAAUUUAUAAAUGGAA